CAGAGUCAAGUCAACGACGUCAACGUGUACACUUCGUACACUCGAAGUGUCGAUCCUCGAAAGGGUGGAAUCAUUGCGAGGAGUGCGCAAAACUGGGCUCGCAAGGCACGAAAGAGAAAGAGAGAGAGAGAGAAAAAUAAGAGAGAAAACCGGUGUAAUACAUCUCGUGAGUUUUUUCACAUUCGCAGAGAAUGGCGAGCCGCGACGAGCUGGUCUCGCAAUUCGCGGACGUAACUGGUGUCGAAGCCGAGAGAGCGCUAUUUUACCUUGAGUCAUCCGCUUGGCAGCUCGAGUAUUCUUCCAGGUUGCACUCGCUAGCUUCUACGAGAACGACGAGCCGACGGGACUGGUAACCGAGCCGGUUGAUGAUACGCCACCGGUGGAGGAGUCGCAGCAAGAUAGGACGGAAACGAUGUCUGACCCUGGGAAGUCCGACUCGACGGAGUCGAAGGGUGCUAAGCCGAAGCCCAGAUUUGGCACGCUGAACGACCUUCAGCACAAGGACAGCAGUUCGGAUGAGGAGGAGGGACAGGCGUUUUAUGCCGGAGGCUCCGAACACAGUGGCCAGCAGGUUCUAGGCCCGGGGAAGAAGAAGAAGGACAUUAUUAGCGACAUGUUUAAAUCGUGUCAGGAGCAAUCGAUCGCGGCGGAGCCGCCGAAGAUGGGCGGCCAGCAGAGGCCGAAUACAUUCAGCGGCACGGGCUACAAGCUAGGGCAAACUAGUUCCGACAGCGAAGUGGUGAUAGGAGCAAGCGCGGAUCAACAAUCUUCAAACGGCCUCAUUGUGCUGAAACUGUGGAAGGAUGGGUUCACGAUCAACGACAGCGAAAUCCGGUCCUACGACGAGCCCGAGAACAAGGAGUUUCUAUCUGCCAUCAAGCGGGGCGAGAUCCCAGCGGAGAUCCGCCAGCAGGUGCAGGGCGUGGAGUUGCGGCUUGACAUGGAGGACCGUCGUCACGAGCUCUACAUCCCGCCGAAGGCCAAAGUGAAAGCCUUCUCCGGGAAGGGGCACAUGCUAGGGAGUCCAUCGCCAGCCACCGUAGGUAUGACGGUUGCGACGGAUCCUGCUGAUCAGGCUGCUAACGAGGCGCAAGCGAAGAAAGAGCUAAACGUAGAUACCUCGAAGCCGACCACGACAUUGCAAAUCCGCCUUGCGGACGGCAGUACCGUGAAGGUUCAGUUCAACCUGUCGCACACCGUCGCUGAUCUUAGACGAUACAUAAUAACUAUGAGACCUCAGUACGCUUUGAGAGAUUUCAGUCUACUAACUGUUUAUCCAACGAAGGAGCUCGCGGAGGACAAGACGAUCGAGGAGGCUGGUUUGCAAAAUUCAGCUAUAAUGCAACGACUGAAGUAAACUUUUUCUAAAUUCCUAAUUUGAGAUAAAUGUAGCAACUAGAUACCAAAUACAUGUUAAAACCGCUUGGAAAUAAAA